AUGAAGAUCCACUACAUCGGGAUACUCAAGAACGAGACCAAGCCAGCCCACGAGCUCUGCGCCGAGAAGGACCUAAGUGCCUACUCGCGCUUCACACGGAACAAGUACGCCUGGGCGACUCCAACCUCCCUGCUACAAUACAACGGAAGAUACUACACAUUCCACGCCUACGGCCGCACCGAAGGAAUCUGCGGCGUCAUCAUAACAGACCACGCCUACCCCGCGCUGGUCGCGCACCAGCUGCUCUCCAAAGUAGUCGACGAGUUCCUCGCCGCGCACCCCCGCUCCUCCUUCUCAAGCCCCAGCAUAAACACCGACUCGAACCCCGCGCUCAGCUUCCCGGAGCUCAAGGACUACAUUGUCAAGUACCAGGAUCCGCAGCAGGCCGAUAGCAUCAUGAAGAUCCAGAAGGAGCUGGACGAGACCAAGAUCGUGCUGCAUAAGACGAUUGAGAGCGUGCUGCAGAGGGGCGAGAAGAUUGAUGAUUUGGUCGCGAAGAGUGAUGGGCUGAGUGCUCAGAGUAAGAUGUUUUAUACGCAAGCGAAGAAGCAGAACUCGUGCUGUGUGGUUAUGUAG